AUGAACUCAGUGGCAGUGUGUUCACUGUCCAGGAUCCGCUGCAAAGCGCUGGCUCGAGAGCCCCGCCGGGCGCCCAGACGUCACAGCGCCACACCAACAUCUGCUUCGAAAGCCCCGCCCCCCCGCGCGCGCACACCACGCCCGCCCCCCGAGGCGCGCUCUCGCCAGCCCAGCGACACGUGCUCGCUGGAGGGCGGCGCUAGGGGCCGAGCCGACAAGAUGUUCUUUUUGCUGCCUCUUCCGGCUCUCGGGCGAGUAGCUGUCCGAAGCCUGAUCGGGAAACGUUUCUGCAACCGGAGUUUCGCCGCCGCAGACAUGACGAAGGUCUUGAGUUUCAAGGGCUUCUCAAAGUGGAAUGUGCAGGCGGAUCACCUGGGAAUAUCUGGACCACCUUUGAAGGCAGGCAAAACCCGAACCUUUCACGGUCUGCAUGAGGACUUCCCCAGCGUGGUGGUUGUUGGCCUUGGCAAAAAGACAGCUGCAGUCAACGACCAGGAAAACUGGCAUGAAGGCAAAGAAAACAUCAGGACUGCCGUUGCAGCGGGCUGCAGGCAGGUUCAAGAGCUGGAGUUCUCUUCUGUGGAGGUGGACCCCUGCGGAGAUGCCCAGGCUGCCGCGGAAGGAGCUGUUCUCGGGCUGUAUGAGUACGAUGAUCUGAAGCAGAAGAAGAAGGUGAUGGUGUCAGCACAGCUCCAUGGAAGUGGGGACCAGGAGGCCUGGGGGAAAGGAGUCCUCUUUGCUUCUGGGCAGAACUUGGCACGCCACUUGAUGGAGACCCCAGCCAAUGAGAUGACGCCCACCAGGUUUGCCGAGAUUAUUGAGAAAAAUCUCAGAGGCGCGAGCAGUAACACAGAGGUCUACAUCAGACCCAGGUCUUGGAUCGAGGAACAGGAAAUGGGAUCAUUCCUAAGUGUGGCCAAAGGGUCUGAGGAGCCUCCAGUCUUCUUGGAAAUCCACUACAAAGGCAGCCCCAAUGCGAGCGAACCACCACUGGUGUUUGUGGGGAAGGGAAUUACCUUCGACAGCGGUGGUAUCUCCAUCAAAGCUGCUGCAAAUAUGGAUCUCAUGAGGGCUGACAUGGGAGGGGCUGCGACCAUCUGCUCAGCCAUCGUGUCUGCUGCAAAGCUCAGUCUGCCCAUUAAUGUCGUGGGUUUGGCCCCUCUUUGUGAAAAUAUGCCCAGUGGUAAGGCCAACAAGCCAGGAGAUGUUGUUCGAGCCAAGAAUGGAAAGACCAUACAGGUGGAUAACACCGAUGCGGAAGGGAGGCUUAUACUAGCAGACGCACUCUGCUAUGCACACACCUUUAAUCCGAAGCUCAUCAUCAACGCAGCCACCUUAACAGGAGUUUUUGCCGAAAUGUCGUAUGACACUGCUGCUUCUAUCAUCAACCAGGACUAA